UUGGCGCAGCAGCUCUGGGCGCUGCCCGCUGCCGCCGCUGGGGCCCGAGAGAGGCGAGCCGGCGACGGCGGCGCUUCUGCGGCGGCCUCCUCCCUCCCCACCCGGUGCCGCAGGAUUGCAGCUGGCACUGGAGGGUGGGCAAGCUCGAGGGAGGGGCGCGGAGCCCCGGCGCGGAGCCGGGCGCGGGGCUUUGAUGGAUUUAGCUGCUUGCGCGAGCGCGUGUGUGCUCCCUGCCGCGGCGGCGGCGCCCGGGCCCUGCCGGGUCCGCAUGAACCCCGAGCGCUUCCGAGGAGACCGGCUGGAGCGCCCGCCCCGCGGCCUCGCCUCUCCGCCGAGCAGCCAGCGCCUCGGGACGCGAUGAGGACCUUGGCUUGCCUGCUGCUCCUCGGCUGCGGAUACCUCGCCCAUGUUCUGGCCGAGGAAGCCGAGAUCCCCCGCGAGGUGAUCGAGAGGCUGGCCCGCAGUCAGAUCCACAGCAUCCGGGACCUCCAGCGACUCCUGGAGAUAGACUCCGUAGGGAGUGAGGAUUCUUUGGACACCAGCCUGAGAGUUCACGGGGUCCACGCCACUAAGCAUGCGCCCGAGAAGCGGCCCCUGCCCAUUCGAAGGAAGAGAAGCAUCGAGGAAGCUGUCCCCGCUGUCUGCAAGACCAGGACGGUCAUUUACGAGAUUCCUCGGAGUCAGGUCGACCCCACAUCCGCCAACUUCCUGAUCUGGCCCCCGUGCGUGGAGGUGAAACGCUGCACCGGCUGCUGCAACACGAGCAGUGUCAAGUGCCAGCCCUCCCGUGUCCACCACCGCAGCGUCAAGGUGGCCAAGGUGGAAUACGUCAGGAAGAAGCCAAAAUUAAAAGAAGUCCAGGUGAGGUUAGAGGAGCAUUUGGAGUGCACCUGCGCGACCACCAGCCUGAAUCCGGAUUAUCGGGAAGAGGACACGGAUGUGAGGUGAGGAUGAGCCGCAGCCCUUUCCUGGGACAUGGAUGUACAUGGCGUGUUACAUUCCUGAACCUACUAUGUACGGUGCUUUAUUGCCAGUGUGCGGUCUUUGUUCUCCUCCGUGAAAAACUGUGUCCGAGAACACUCGGGAGAACAAAGAGACAGUGCACAUUUGUUUAAUGUGACAUCAAAGCAAGUAUUGUAGCACUCGGUGAAGCAGUAAGAAGCUUCCUUGUCAAAGAGAGAGAGAGAGAGAGAGAGAGAAAACAAAACCACAAAUGACAAAAACAAAACGGACUCACAAAAAUAUCUAAACUCGAUGAGAUGGAGGGUCGCCCCGUGGGAUGGAAGUGCAGAGGUCUCAGCAGACUGGAUUUCUGUCCGGGUGGUCACAGGUGCUUUUUUGCCGAGGAUGCAGAGCCUGCUUUGGGAACGACUCCAGAGGGGUGCUGGUGGGCUCUGCAGGGGCCCGCGGGAAGCAGGAAUGUCUUGGAAACCGCCACGCGAACUUUAGAAACCACACCUCCUCGCUGUAGUAUUUAAGCCCAUACAGAAACCUUCCUGAGAGCCUUAAGUGGUUUUUGUUUUGUUUUUUUGUUUUUGUUUUUGUUUUGUUUUUUUUUUUUUUACACCAUAAAGUGAUUAUUAAGCUUUCCUUUUUACUCUUUGGCUAGCUUGCUUUUUUUUUUUUUUUUUUUUUUUAUCUCUUGGAUGACAUUUACACCGAUAACACACAGGCUGCUGUAACUGUCAGGACAGUGCGACGGUAUUUUUCCUAGCAAGAUGCAAACUAAUGAGAUGUAUUAAAAUAAACAUGGUAUACCUACCUAUGCAUCAUUUCCUAAA